AUGCGAUUUCUUAUUUACUUGCUCCUCUUUCUACCAUUAUCAAUGAGCCAAGAUGUGAAAAUGUUUCAAAUUUACGGAAAAGUUUCAAAUGCCAGUGUUACUAAGUCAACAAACUUUAUGACACUCACAGAAUGCACAAAUGGGUGCUAUGUGAAUCCGAAUUGUUCUCUAGCAUACUUUAAUGAAUCCUGUUUGUAUUAUGAUCAACUGGCCGAAAAUCAAUCAAUAUUAGUCCAAGAAGGUUUGAGUAGGAAUAUCGUAGUUUUUAAGACAGACAUCUCAAACAUCCCUAACAACACAUGUCCGGAAUCCUACACCAAUCUCAAAUUCUCACUAGCCUCAUCAACUGGCGAAAAGUACUCCUGGACAAGAACCACCUUCGGAUGGAAGUUUGUUAGUUGCAGAACUGGUUGAAAAAGGUUCGAACGGGACGAUGUAACUGUUGUUUGCAUGAAACGCAUAAAUACUGAAAGCGCAUCAUUAAAUAAUACUAACUCGGAAUGCGAAGAGCAAAAUGCAGUGCGGACAGGAAUCGCGUCGAUUGAGGAAUAUACAUGGAUGAAAGGGCUAACAUUACUUGGAUUAGCAAUUGGUGGAGAGAGAAAUUGCCCGACAACUCCGUGCACAACUUUCCGAUGGACUGAUGGCUACACAACUUCCACGACUUUUCACAAUUCAACCUAUGCAGAAUUAGAGUCGUUUCCAAACUCCGAGCCGUACAAUUGCUUAACUAUACGGAACAAAAAUUCCCCAGCAAUAAUUGACAAAGAAAUCAUCGCCCAACUUGUCAGCUUACCAGCAGACCAAAUCAUUAAAUUUUCGAUCGCAGCCAUUUCAGAAAACGAGGAGAUGUAUUUUGUUGUUAUUAGAGCUACCGGAAUUACACCAUCACCAAUUGAUAUAGCACUCCAAGUUACAAAGGCAAUGAAUCACCCUAUGCUCGUUGGUGCAUUACAAAUUCACUGUUAA